CGUGGGCUUCCGCUCCGCUCCAGGUCUACAAUAUUCCCUAGCCCUGGGAUACACAACGCCAUAGCCUAUUCGCUCCCAUCGCAUCGCACCUUUUUUUUCCUAAUCCGAAGCUCUCAACCCUGCGAAGUUCUGGUCCUCGGCAGCCGACGGCUGGACGGGCGGAACGAUGGACGAGCGCGAGUUCCGGCGCCUCCUUGACCUCUUCCCCGUCGUCCGGCCUCGAAAUUACUGCGCUGACUCUGAACCAUCAAGAGGAUCUAAUUCGCAUUCACCACAGGAUGAGGUAGCAGACUGGAAAAAUGCCAGGAAUGAGAUGGAUGAGAAAGAUGUUUCAGAAGGAACUGAUAAUGAAGAUACUUUUUGGCAAAAACUGAGGUUGGCUGCUGAAAGAAAGGUGGGACCAGCAAAGGCAGAGCAGUUCUGCAAGGCCUUUCAAAAGGCUCAUGAGAAACUUGUGUAUGAAGAAUUAAGUUUAGAUGUUGCUCAAAGAUUCAUGAAUGCUGAGGGAAAAUGAUAUGGUAGAUCUUGGUAUACCUCAAAUGAAGAGACUGCGUCGAUUUGCAUGACAUCCUCUGCUCUCUGGGUAGGAAAUUCAGUGUUGAAAGAAAAGGAAAUUGACAGUAGGAGCUUUAUGAUGGUGGUAUCACAUUGACUGGAAUGCUUCUGUAUUAUUCUUCAUCAAUCAAUACCUAUUUGGUGUUUGGUAAGACUUGUAAAGUUAAGCAGAAUUGCCAAUUCUAUGUUGUAAUAUAGCUAUAUCCUAUGGAUGGAAUGUCAUUGUUUUGUCGGAACAAGCAUUGGUCAGUCCAAGUAUAUGCUCUCCUAAAUGAUGUCUUCUAUAGAAACAUGUGAAUUCCAACCUAAUGACUGAUAAAGCUUGUCAAAGUUUGUGGGAUGCUCAACCAGCUCAUAUUAAUAUGACUGCAAUGUUGAAUCA